GCAUGUUUAAUGUGUUAUUUUGUAGUUCUUAGAAUGUCCUGUAGGGGGCAUUAGACCCACAUUUCCCCUGUGUCAGUACGAGAAGAAGAGUAAGAGCGAGGAAGAGAAAAGAAAUGGCAGACUAAGCACGUUUCAGCAGGAAUAGAGAAGCUACUAUGCAAAAGAGCGGUUGUGAUAUGAAAGAAGUCUGUUUAUCUUGAACUGGAUGAUGUAUGGUCUGUUCUUAGAUUUCUCCGGUUGGUUUUUUUGUUUGGACAACUGAAAUCUGAACGAGCCAGUGGAGUUCCAGAAGCACGAGGGUCCCGCCGCCAUCUUUGUGACUCGGACUGAAGCCUGGGACGACGCAGAGGGACUGAUGCUACUGGAGCUGGAUAUUUUACUUGGAAACCAGAUAAGAGAAUUGAACAAGAAAAAAAAAGGGGGGCCCCAAUCCUUUAUUUUUUUUGGUUAUUCCACAAACUACUUGUUUUGAUGAACAUUUUCAAACUGGACAAUUUAUGUGCACAUUGACUGAACUGACUGACUGAACGUUAUAUUGAAGGACUAAUUGAAAUAUGUAAUAUCUUUGUUGAAAUGAGCUUUAAAGCUACAGUGUAGAAAAACCUACCCUAAUGUUUUUGAAAUAUUUGAGUUAUUUUUAAGGGUGGACAAUUUAAGUUUUAUACCUUAAUUUUAUUAAGGUAAUUAUUCUUUUGUGGAGAAAGAAAAUAAACCUGAGUUGUUAAAACGUGUAUGCUUAUCAUCCUCCUGUAUGACCCUAGAACAAAAGUAACUUUCCUACUGAAUUUAUUGUUAAUUAAAUUAAGUAGUGGUUACAUGAUAACAUUUUGUGGCGAGCCAGCAGCCAGGAGGAUUAUAAGUAAUCUCAGCUCAGUUUAACAUAACAGUAACUUUUAAGAAAACUGAUAUCAGAAAGAAUGGAAGUCAAUAAGAAAACUGUUUAUGACAUUGAGCAAAAGUAUGGAGUGAAUGCAAAGAGAUCAGUCUUAGCUCUUGGCCUAAAUGAAGAUGCUACUGAUGCAAACAUUACUGAAGUACUUAAAACUUAUGGCACAGUGGUGAAGAUAGUCAGGUUAAGGUUAAGCGAAGCCAUCAUUGAGUUGGAUGCUGAAGAAGCAGUUGAGCAUCUUAAGCCAAAUUUCCCAUGUGAAAUAGCUACAGCCAAAUAUCCAACUGCAAAGUGGUGCGUUGAUGAUAUAGAGAAAGUUUUACUUUCACCUGUGUUUUCUCAGUCUCCAUCAGAAAUGAAUGCUGAGGAAACAGCCUCAGAACAAGAUGUUGGUGAGUCGACCAGUUCUGAUAGUGAAGAGACUGAAUCAGACAACACUGACACUGCCCUCACAUCAAAAGGACAUCAAAGACAAACUCAAGCAACUCAUGCCAUUAAUCCAUCACAUUCCAAACAAUCUGAAAAAAGUGCGAAAAGUAAAAGACGAGCUUUGCCAACUAACACAGCUUCACUGAGUGCUGAUAUAUUGAACCCCCAAGAUGUUCAGCGCUUAAUCGUUGAGCAUGUCAUCAAAAAUGAAGCUUCUUCAUCGAGUUUGACUCCAAAGAGACUCCGUUCCUUUUCUGGACGAGUGCCUAAGCCCCCUGGAGAAGUAGAUUUCGAGACUUGGUUCCUACAUGUUGAACUGAUGUUUCAAGAUGGAUUCCCUGUUGACAUACAAAGAAGGAUGAUUCUGGAAAGUUUACUAUCCCCUGCAUUGGAUAUUGUGAAACAGCUUGGCUCUCAUUCAUAUCCACAAGAAUAUGUCCGUCUCCUUCAGUCAGCAUAUGGACUUGUGGAUGAUGGUGAAGAGAUAUUUGCCAAGUUUUUGAGCAUUCACCAGGAUGCAGGGGAGAGAGCUUCUGAAUAUCUGCAAAGACUGCAGGCAGUACUUAGUACUGCGAUCAAGCGAGGUGGUGUGAGUGAAGUUAAUGCAAACAAACAACUGUACAAGCAGUUCAUUCGUGGGUGCUGGGAUCAGACUCUGCUUCUAACUCUUCAGCAGAGAUUCAAAAGUGAGUCCCCUCCAGAUUUCUCUGAACUUCUUCUCCAGUUAAGAACAGAAGAAGAACGGAGAUCAGUAAAGAUUGACCGAAUGCAGCGUCACUUUGGAAGCUCAAAAGUAAAACCUUCUUUACAUUUUCAGACUGUCCCAGAACCUCCACUAAAACACGACCAUGACAUUGUACAGAAGUACAUCACAGAGACAGAAAGCUUAAGAAAACAAGUGGCUGAGCUGCAGAUGCAACUUACAGAGAAACGAUCUCAGAGGAGGGAGAGAAGACAACAGAAAACAACUGAAAUUGUCGACCUGCCCCCUGUGGCAGCAGCGGAAAUGCAUGUGCAACAGCCAGCAUGCCAACCUGCUCCAAAAGCUUGGUUUUGCUUUAAAUGUGGAGAAACCGGCCAUAUUGCAAGACAAUGUGAGAAUCCUCCAAACAAAGAAUUGGUUGAUAAAAAGUACAAGGAACUAAAGGAAAAACGUCGACAGUGGGAAGCAAGAUACGGAACGGCUUUAAACUGGACCGGGUUUCAGUAGAGGGGCGUACUGAUACCCGACUAGAGGAGGCUCCACAAUCAACGCAAGACGUAAAACAUGAUCAAAAAUCGACAACCAUCAACAAUAUGAGUCAGUUCCCUACAUCUACAUCAGAUGAAGCACUUUUGGAUGCUUUGGUAGGAUCGAAAAACACUGCCAAGAUGUUUAUUGAUGGAGUUCAAAGUAUUUGCCUCCUUGACUCGGGCUCUCAAGUGACAACUGUUUCAGAAACAUUUCAUAAGCUCUACUUGCAUUCACGACCAAUCCAGCCACUAGGAGACCUUUUAGAUAUUCAGGGUGCAGGUGGUCAGAGAGUUCCUUAUCUGGGGUACAUUGAGGUAAAUCUUUUCUUUCCAGAAGAGAUUGUGGGGAGACCUGAAGAAGUGCAAACUUUAGCCUUAAUUGUGCCAGAUUGUAGGUCGAACAGAGAAGUUCCAGUGCUGGUUGGAACAAAUGUGUUAGAUGUUCUCUAUGACAUUUAUACAACCUCUAAAAAGACCAGUGUUCACAACCAGCAGGUCCACUGUAAAAAUCUGCCACUGAUCAGGAAACUGUAUGGCAUGUACAAAGAAGAUCGAGUGAGUGGUAGAGUAGGAAAGAUAAAGUUACUAAGGAAGACGAGUCAGAAAGUGCCUGCAGGAGAAAAGGCUGUUUUGAUGGGUUAUGCCAGAAACAUUAAAGUUUUCCCAGGCACUUCCCUAUUGGUUGAACAAGCAGACUCCAUCUUACCUGGUGGCUUAGUGUUCUGCAACUAUGUUAUGACAGCCCCAUCAACAACAUCUUUCAAAAUCCCUAUUUUGGUGAAGAAUGAAAGAGCACAUGACAUCACAGUACCUGCUUCGUUAACUGUUGCUGAACUUUAUAAGCCUCAGACAGUUUCAGCUCCUAAGUCAGCAGUGAAAAAAAACGAGUCAAGCUCUCAGUCUGACCUUACUCAAAAGACUGUCUUAUGUCAAAACAUUAACACACCUGUUACAGCCAGCCAGCUCAGACUUGACUUCACAGAUACACCUCUUUCUGAAGAAUGGAA